UGCAUUGACCAUGGAAGAGCAUGCGUCAAGAGCCUCAAGCGAAAUCAGGAGGAACUUAGGGAGAGGGCCAAGACUGCCGUGGGCUGACUUGGGACUUCACACGCCUAGGUGCAAGCGUCAUCAGAGUCAAGCAGAGACAGUCAUGAGUGGAGAAAGCAAGAGAGUCAUGCAGGGUUAAGCAUUUUUGGUUCUUUCCUGCCUCUGCCUGGCUCAAAGUCUCCAUCAGUUCUGAGUCUGAAGCAGCGAGCUAGCUUCCCAGGUUUUGACUCGUUCCGAUGCGUCACUUGCGGCUCAGGCAAUGUCCACUUCAGACUUGGACCGGGCCUUGCACGCUAGUGUGCUAAAGCGAGAAGCUGUAAAGGAGGCCGAAUUCCGUUCUCAGCGUGAGAAGCAUGAGGAAGAGGUUCGACUCGGCUUUGGUGCCACUGAAAUGACGAAGGCAGAGCUCAAGAAGCUCAUAGAUAGCGACAGACGCUUGUAUUAUCGUUCGGAAGAAUUGAACGAUAAGCUGUUCAUCCAGUACAAGGGCUGGAAGGAAUUGAAGAACCUCGAGGGCUGGACUGGACUUCGUGCUCUCUAUGCAGAGUGCAACGCAUUCGAUAGAAUAAGCGGUCUUUCUCAGUGUCGAAAUCUUCGAAGUCUGUUUCUACAGGACAAUUGCAUCAAAAAGAUCGAUGGCUUGGAAAACUGCCCGCUGCUGUGGAACCUGAAUCUCAACAACAACUUCAUAGAGCGAAUCGAAGGCUUGUCGCACCUACGAUCCUUGAACACCCUCACCAUCCAGAAGAACAAGAUUGGUUUCGGAGGUGUCGAUGACAUGGUGCAUUUGGUAGAUUCUACGAUUUCCACACUGGACGUCCAAGACAACAAGAUCUGGGAUCCUGACACGCUGCCGGAGGUUUUUGCGCGAAUGGCCGACCUCCGCGUGAUCUAUUUGAAGGGCAAUCCUUGUGCCAAGAAAAUACCCAACUACAGAAAGGGCAUCACGGCUGUGUGCCACAACCUCAAGUAUUUGGAUGAUCGACCAGUGUUUCCAGAGGACAGAAGAGCAGCGGAAGCCUUCAAUCGAGGAGGCUUGGAGGAGGAGCGUGCAGAGAGGCGCCGAAUCAAACAGGAGGAGAACGACAAGCAUGAACGCAAUAUGAGGGCGUUCCAGGACAUGAUCGAAAGCGUAAGGCGAGAAAAGCGAGAAAGAGACGCAAUGAGAAUAGAGGACAAAUAUACCAAUGAGAGUGACCCCGUCAUCUCUCAAGAGAAGCGAAUGCAGCAGCAGGUGGAGAAGUGGAAGCAGGAAAAUGCGGAGGAUUUGAAAGACGAUGCAAGGGAGCAUGCUGAACGCUGUCUGCAAGCCGAGAAUCAUAGGAAAGAGCAUGGUCCAGAGCAGGAGGUCUCGCAAGGUCAAGAGUCACAGCAGUAUGAGAGCGCUGAGGCUGAACCCGAGGAGCCAAAGGAAGAGGACCAAAGAAAACUCGUGUAUGAGGAUAUUUGGGAUGAGAUUCCUGCAGUCACAGGCAGAACGUCCCAGCCUGCAACUUGCACUUUCCAGCCUCCACCCAGGUGUAAACCGCAAGCUGCUCCAAAGGACUGCACACCUGGCGGAACGGAGUUGAAUGACUUAGACUGAAGCAUUUCUGAAUUCAUCCUGCACGACCAGUAUCUCGGGCACGAGCCACGCUUUCUCAG